AUGUCGUCGCAGUCAUUCUCAUCAAUCCUUUACAGAGUUUCCGAAGAUCACAAAGUAGCCACCAUUACGUUGAACCGACCACAACAUUUCAAUGCGAUCAAUUCAAAGCUUCCCAGCGAGAUCCGUGCUGCCGUGAGGCUCGCGAAUACCGAUGCCAAGGUCCACUGCAUUGUCAUCAAGGGAAACGGACCGGGAUUUUGUGGAGGGUACGACUUGAAUCUCACUGCCGAACAGGCGGUACGCGGGACGACCGGGGGCAGCCAGGAUGUGAGCAAGGGCUACGACCCGCUCGUAGACUACCAGAUGAUGAAAGAAUACACCGAGUGCUACGCCGAGCUCUUCCGCAGUCACAAACCCACCAUUGCGCAAGUGCACGGGGCAGCGGUCGCCGGAGGCAGUGACAUUGCCCUUUCCUGCGAUCUGGUGGUCAUGGCAGAAGAUGCCCGGAUCGGAUACACUCCGACGAGAGUCUGGGGUUGCCCGACAACGGCCAUGUGGACCUAUCGCCUGGGCCCUGAGAAGGCAAAGAGGAUGCUGUUUACCGGUGAUCUGGUCAGCGGGAAAGAGGCGGAAAGCAUGGGCCUGGUCUUGAAGGCGGUCCCGGCAGAUCAACUCGACCACACCGUCCAGCUGCUGGUCGACCGGAUCAAAACAGUCCCCGUGAAUCAACUGUGGAUGCAGAAGCGAGUCGUCAACAGUAUCAUCGAAGGUUCGGUGGAGCGGAGUCAGCAGCUGGCCACCAUUUUUGAUGGCUUGACGAGGAAUUCCCCUGAAGGCAUCGCAUUCCAGCAGAUGGCUGCAAAAGAGGGCUUCAAAAGGGCCAUCGCUCACCGAGACAAUCCCGGACGGACUCCUGAGUAUCGAAAGAUAUGGAAAAGCUCGUUGUGA